AUGCAGGGCGACGAAUCGGACGGCGCGAUCGCGGGCGAGAGAGUGGCCGCGCUGAGAGCGGUGCAAGCGCGCCGGCAGGAGCUGCUGCAGGCGCUGCGAGCGUUGGAUGAGGAAGAUCGACGGUUGAGACUAGGCGAGGGGCGAGAGACGGAGGGGCGAGAGACGGAAGGGGAGAGACGGAGAGAAGGGGGAGACGACGGAAAGCGAAAGCAGGAGACUCAGGAAGCGGACUGCGGGGAAGCGGGCGGAGGGAAGCGCAGCGGCGGAGUGGAGAGCGCGAGCGGAGCGGAAUCGAAUGCGCGCUCGCCGGCUGCUGACGGCCCCGCGAUUGGGGCGGCGCAGGGGGAGAAUGGGGGGAAUAGAGACGAUGGCGGGUUACCAAAGGGAGGCGCGGAACUUGAGGGAGCGGGGACAGAAGCGGCUGGCGGGGUGGGCGAGGGGGGGCGCAGCUUCGAGGCGGAGCACGCGUUGAGCGCGCGGGAGGUGCAGCGCUACUCGCGGCAGCUCAUGCUGCCGUCGUUCGGCGUCGCAGCGCAGCAGCGGCUGAGGCGCGGGUCAGUGCUGGUGGUGGGCGCGGGCGGGCUGGGGUCGCCUGCUGCGCUCUACCUGGCGGCGUGCGGUGUGGGUGCGUGCGGGGGGGCGAUGGGUGGGGGCAGUGAGGGUGGUGAGGGCAGUGGGGCAGGGCGAGUGGGGGGACAGUGCGGGCGGGUAGUGGGGGCAGUGGGCGAGUGUGACGUGGAUGUUGGUGGUUGCUGCAGGUGGCACCGUGUUAUGGUGCUGGUUGGCUUGCGGGACGGCGAGUGGGCGCUCCAUGCCUGUGCAAUGACGUGCUCACCCUUCCGUGUCUCCUCUCUUGCUCACUCCCAGUGGCGCAUAGGCAUCGUGGACAGGGAUGACGUGGAGCUGUCCAACCUGCACAGACAGAGUCCGCUGCUGCUGCCUGCACCAGGUAAUGCUGAGCUGGCACCAGGUGAUGUUGAGCUGGCACAAGGUGAUGCCGAGCUGGCACCUGAGCUGGCACCAGGUGAUGCUGAGCUGGCAGCAAGUGAGGUUGUGCUGGCAGCAGGUGGCAGCUUGAAAAUAUUAUCGCACAAUGAUGACCCGCCCACUGAGCGCAGCACAACAUGGGGCACGGGGCAUGGGUUGGGCCUCGUCUCUUCUGAGGCGGCCAUGGCUGUUCAUCACAGCUGUGCACGAGAGCAUGUGCUCCACACCAUGUCCCACCUUCUCCCUCCCUCCAUCCUCCAUGCCUCCUAUAUACCGACCUCCUGCCGCCCUCAUACCUCCCUCAUCCGUCCUCAUCACCCCCAUCUCCGCCAUCAUCCGCCCUGCCCCAUCCGCCACCCCCCGUGCCAUCCCAGCUACGACGUGCUGCUGGACGCGUCUGACAACGUGGCCACGCGCUACCUCGCCAGCGACGCUGCCGUCGCCGCCCGCAAGCCGCUCGUGUCAGGAGCAGCGCUGGGCACUGAAGGCCAGAUCACGGUGUACGGGGCCUCGCCCACGGCGCCGUGCUACCGCUGCCUCUUUCCCUCGCCGCCUCCCACCUCCGCCUGCCAACGCUGCUCCGACAGCGGCGUGCUGGGCGCAGUGCCGGGGGUGAUAGGCGUGUUGCAGGCGGUGGAGGCGCUGAAGGUGGUGGCGGGGGUGGGCGCGCCCCUCUCAGCGCGCAUGCUCGUCUACGACGCCCUCGCUGCCUCCUUCCUCAACGUGAAGCUACGCAGCAGGGUGGCGUCGUGUGUGGCGUGUGGGGAGGGCGCCACCAUGACAGCAGACAGCAUCAGCGCCUUUGACUACCAGGCCUUCACCUCCUCGCCCUUCCAUGACCAGGGCCCCAAGUCCCUCUCUCUCAUCCCUCCCAGCCAACGAGUGCCGCCCACCGCUCUCCUCGCCGCCCGGCAGCAGCGCCGCCCGCACGUGCUGCUGGACGUGCGGCCGCCCCACCUCUUCUCCAUUGCCCACCUGCCUGGCGCCAUCAACACGCCCCUCGCCACUCUGCCGGCCGCCCUGGACGAGAUCAAAUUAGCCGCCCAGGCAGCUGCCACGUCAGCAUCGUCCACAGCAUCACAGCAGGCACCUGCAGCGGCCUGUGAGCAGGCAGCAGCGGCAGAGGAGCAGCAAGGAGGUGGGUGUGGGGGGGAGGGAGAGGGAGGGGUGGAGGCGGCGGUGUUUGUGGUGUGCCGGCGGGGCAACGACUCCCAGCGGGCGGUGGGCGUGCUGAGGGAGGCGGGAGUGGGGUCGGCAGUGAGUGUGGAUGGUGGCAUGCUCGCAUGGGGGGCUCACAUCGACCCCUCCUUCCCCGCCUUCUGA